GAACGACGGCGGUCGGCUCACCUUAGUCGUGUUUAAAUUGGAAGCGCAUGCGGUUGUCGGUGCUCUCGGUUCUUGAUCCUCCUCCAUAAUCGGUGGCUCCGGAUGCCAUAAAGUCCCCACGACUACUAUUCCUCUCAACUGCACUUACUGCAAUCUGUGCGCCUUCACCAAAUAGAAGAUUUCCAAACCAAACGAAUACCCAGUGAAUAAUCUAAGCUGCCGAAGAGUAUGCAAUAGUGUUUAGUGCCUAGUGAGUGAUUUAGUGAGCCAGUUUAAUAGGAAUACCUAAUAAUGCACGAUCCCAGCGACUACGACUCGGUUUACAGCGAGGAGGACUUUCUGGACACCGUGCGAGGAGCUGAAACUCCUCCGCUGAUGGACUACGAAGAAUUUCGGGUGAAGACAAUGGAUGAAAGACAGCACAUUCAGAAGAAAACAUUCACAAAAUGGAUCAAUUCACAUCUCAUCGAUACCCAGUGCACACCAGUGAAGGAUUUGUUCUUGGACCUGCGGGACGGACAUCGAUUGCUGGCCCUGCUGAGCACGCUGACUCAAACCAACCUGAAACCCGAAAAAGGUCGGAUGCGGGUGCACCACAUCAACAAUCUGAACAAGGUGAUUACCGAGAUCCAGCAGCAUGGUGUCAAGUUGGUGAACAUCUCCAGCGAUGACAUAGUGGGUGGCAAUGCCAAGUUGACCCUAGGCCUCAUUUGGCUUAUAGCGCUGGAGUUCAAUGGCCAGCAUCUAGUCAAGAGUCAUUCGAGCAACGGGGUGGAGAAGUCCCUAUUGGCCUGGGCACGUCAGUAUACGGAAGCUCAUGGCCUGCAGCUGAAUGAUUUCUCCAGUUCGUGGUCCGAUGGAAGAGCCUUCCUCAUGAUCCUGGAUGCCCAUGUGGAGGAGCUGAAUCUGCAGGCGGCUUUGCAGCAACAUGCACUGAAAAGACUGCAUUUGGCUUUUGACUUAGCACAUAGGCACUUUAAGAUUGAAAAGCUGCUGGAUGCCGAGGAUGUGCACACCCACAAGCCAGAUAACAAGUCAAUACAGAUGUAUGUGAUGUGCCUUUACCACGCCAUGGAAUCCAUGAGGACAAGGCAGCAGGAGCAGGAGCAGGAUGAGGGACAGGAUCAGGAUCCGGGGAGAGUGCCCUGCACCAGCAUCACAGACUUGGAUGAGGUGCCACUGGACAAUGACCAAACCAGUUUGGGGCUUUAUACUUCAGACAGUGCUGGCAGCAUGGAGCAGAGAUCUUCGGGGGAGCUGAAGACCCACUCAAUGCGUCCGUUGAGCACGGCCACCAAUGCGAGUGUGGAGAUCAGUGGCUAUCAGUCAGCUCUCGAGGCAGUACUCACCCUCCUACUGGAAGAUGAGCAGCUGCUCUCACAGAAUUUGCCGGAUCCCCAGGAUUUUCAGACUGCCAAGCUGCAGUUUCACGAAAACGAAAGCUUCAUGCUGAAGCUCACCGAACAUCAGGAGUAUGUGGGAGAAGCUCUGGAGGAGGGUAGCAACCUCAUCAACGAAUCCCAGAAGGCUGGAGCUGGUUUGAGUCAGGAGGAUCAAAACGAAGUGAGGCAACAAAUGGUGUUGCUCAACGAACGUUGGGAAACCUUGAGAUUGCGAGCUUUAGAUGUUCAAGCCAAAAUCCUAAUGAGACUGGCCGAGUUUCAGAAGCAAAAACUCGAACAGCUUCGUCAGUUUCUGACCAGUGUCGAAGAUCGUAUAUCCCAUAUGAGUGAUAUCGGACCAACCAUAGAAGAAGCGGAAAAGCAAAUUUUGGAAGCCCAAAAACUGAAAGCAGAUCUAAGUGAGCAGCAGGAAUUGGUGGAUAGUCUGAGCAGCAUGGUGGUCAUUGUAAACGAUACCUCUGGCAACUUUAAUGAUCUAGAAGAUCGCUUGAGUGCCUUGGGGGAGAGAUGGUCGCAUGUGGUGAAGUGGAGUGAUCUGCGAAAAGAGAAACUGCAGCAGUAUAAAUGUAUCUCCAGAUGGCUGGAUGCCCGCGAGCAGGAUCUCAAGCUCAUGGAGAGUCGCGAUGUCACAGAUGUGGGCGGCAUUACCCAGCGUAUCAAUGAGCUAAACUAUUGUGCCAAGGAUCUGUUGGAACUGCAGAGAUAUCUGAUAGAUCUGCGACAAAUGGUAGCUGCCACAUUGCAAGAUGGUGAUGACAAGGGCGAACGGGUGCUCAUCCAAUUAGAGAGUUACGAAGAUCGUUUAGAUGCCUUAAAACAGAUUGUUGAAGUACAAACUGUGCGAAUCGAAACGAAGGGCUUUAACUUUGGACGAGAUCGAGCUAGCUAUGAUGACAGCAGGGUGGUGCGUCCAGAAGGAUGGGUGGACUACCAGAUGAUCAUACGCUUUGGUGAAGAUGAUUCUCAGGAAGACGAUGACGAGCAUGACUUGGCCAGCAAGAAGCGGAAGCUUAGAAACGCCGACAAUUUCAAUGCCCUCGAGAAUCACAUCAUGGAGCACUUCGGCUAUGUCCAGGAAGUGGAGCAAAAGCUACAGCAGUUGCAGAGACAAAGUCUUCGGCAACAGUGUGAAUUACUCAAGGAACUGCAGGCGGAAAACAGUCGACGCUGCGGUACUUUACCCGAACUUAAGAAACUCUACGAAGUCUGUGAGCUGGAGGAUCCGUCGAGGAACCUUCUCCUGGAGGAAACACACAUCAAGCAGCUGGAGCAACGAUAUGCGAACUUGUCUCAAAAACUAUCAAGCCAACAGAGCGAAAGCCGUACGCUGUUGGCCAAGGAAAAGUAUUACAAUAGUCUGACAGGAUUUAAAUUAGUUUUAGCUGAUUCCAGAGAUUGGUAUAAGCAACACGCUGGCUCAGCCAGUGGCAACGAGCUAGAACAGCGUUUGAGCCACAUGGAAUCCCUGUCAUCGGAGAUUUCAGAGGCCAAGACAGCCACCGAGGAGCUGGAUGACAAUCUAAUUGAAUGGAAGCAGGACUUCGGUCUGUUCUACGACAGUUGGCAUGACAUGAAGCAGGCUCUGCAGGCCCUAAUUCAACAGAGAGGCGGCGAAAGUCUUUCACGGCAGUUGAAACAAGUCCAAGAUUUUGUAACCAAAGUGUCUAAUCAAAAGGUUCGCGUUUCCAAUCUGGAAGUCAUGCAGAAGCAGCAGCAUUUGCUGAACCAAUUGGUAGACGAAAUGGAGUCCCUUCGGCUAACUUAUGAUAAUAUACCGAAACACCUGAUUGGCGAAGAACUACAAACCACUUGGAACCGACUUCCCGAACAGCUAAAUGAGCGCGUGAUUAAGCAAACCACAGCUAUAGAAAACCUAAACCACUUUGCUGCGGAGUAUAAUGCCAUUAUAGCCAUGCUGCGAAGUGCAGCCGAUUCCAAGUUGAAUGGAAGUGAUGGUGGUAGCAGUCAAGAUCUCCGAAAACUGGAGAUCGAUGUGAUAAGCGCUCGAAAUUUCAGCGAAAUUCUGAUCAAGGAGGCGGAGCCAGCCCAAAAGGAGUCGCUACAAUCGCAGAUUAGGGCUCUCAAUACGUUGUACGAUCAAGUGGAACAGGUUCAUCGGGAGAAGAAGCAACAGCAGACGGUCCUGCAAUCCCAGAUUGAUCUCAUCCAGCUGAGGCUCAAGGAAACCGAUCAGUGGUUAACUGAUCUGGAGAGUAAUACACCCAAAUCGGGAAUUAGCGAUAUAGUAAACUCCAACGAGUUGUUCCAGAGCAAGAGUCGCUUUCAGACUCUUAAAGAAACCUGCGAAAGGGAAACCACACAGUUCAGGGAUCUCAACGAACGUGGUGGUGAGCUGCUCCUCCAAAUGGAUGAGCUUCAGGACCAGGAUAGGGAGUCCCGAUACGGAUCGCUAGCAAAGCAAUUCACACGCAUCAAUGCCAGAUGGACGGAGGUCACCGAGCUGGUUUAUGCGAAGACAGCUCUUCUCGAGCAUAUAUCAACGCAGCUGGGGGAGUUCAAGAAGUUCAUGGUUAGCGAGACGGGUUACCUGGACAAGUUGGAAAACAAGAUACGCAACACACCAGAGAAUGCAGCCGACGCAGAGGAGAUCAUGGAGGAGCUUGAUGAUCUGGAGAACGUUCUGCGCUCGCACUCUGAGGAAUGGCUGGACAAGAUUCAGGAAAUUGGCAACGAGCUAAUUGACAACGAAUUCAUGGCCGACUCCAUACGACGCGACAUUGAUGAAACCGUCCAACGGUGGACACAACUCCAGCAGCAGGCCAAGAAGCGAACCGAGCUCCUGGAGCAAAAGGUCAGCGAGGCGGAGCAGUCCGAGAAGUGCAUCGUGCAGUUCGAAAAGUGGCUGACCCGUGUGGACGACAUACUCAGCGAUUAUCUGGAGAACGAUGUGACCCUUGCAGAUCAGCCGGAGGAUUUCCAGCGCUUGGCACGCGAGUUUGUGGCCAAUGAGAAAAACUUUACGGAGAUCAGCGAACUCAUUGACGAGCACACGAGGAACGGCAAGGUGGGAGCUGCCAAUCGCCUCCAGGAGCAGCUUAACCUGAUGGAGGUGCGGUUCAAGUACUGCCAGGCCAAGCUGAGCAAGUGUACCGCACACCAACCUGCCUACGAAUCGCAUUUGAAUAGGGCCUAUGCGGAUCUUCGAAAUGUGGAGCGAUCCACACAGGUACUAGAUGUCGCAUCCGCCGGACCCAACACGGUUCAGGCUCAAUACCAAAACUGUCUGCAAAUUUAUCGCACUCUGUCUGAGAUAAAGGCGGAAAUCGAGAGAACUAUUAAAACCGGUCGCAGGGUUUGCGAGGACAGGUACACAAAAUCGCCGAAGCAACUUAGUCAGCGGAUUGAUGCGCUGAAGCACCUGUACAAUGCCCUCGGAGAGAAUGUGACCCAGUCAAAGGCGUUACUGGAAAGCCUGCUCAGAUUAGCGAGGCAAUUAGAGGAGUGUUUCGAUUCGGCGGACAGCCUAAUCCGGCGCUUUGAGUCGCCGCAAGAGGUCCAUGACAGGAACUCCAUACUCCUGGAGUUCGAGGAUGUGCUGCGAAGGUGCGAGGACCACUAUAAUGAGUAUAGCAAAUCCUGCGACCAGAGCUGUAUGGUGGAAACCCGUCAGAGGAUCGAUGGCUUGAAGGCCACGUACCAUAAGUUGACCAGUGCGGACAUAAUCAAGCGGCUCACCGAGAUGAAGGCCACCCUGCAGAACCUGGACAACAUUUCACUGGAUACUUUAAAGGCAAUGGAGCACGACCUGAAGGAGAUAAAUGUGCCCUCGAAUCCGGAAAUUGAGAAAUUGCAGCAGCAAGUAAUUGCAAUUGUCGUGGAUGUGCUGAAAACCCGUUUCAAUGAAGCCACAACGCUUGCCGCUCGAAAUACGAGCUCUCCCGAAAAUGACGACACGGAAAUAGUUGUGGUCAGCGAUACAGUGCGUCAACGACGUGCUAGGACACCCCAAUCGGGAGAAUCGCCAUCGUCGGCCCACACCAGUUCCUCGGAGUCGCCAACGAAGGGUGUGGAGAAUACUCCGGUUGCGGUUGGCGACCAAGUCCUGCCGGAUCUCCUUCCACCACAAACAUUCCGGCUGGCCGAGUCCAGUACUCUGUUCUCGCAGAUUUCCCUUAAUCCCGAGAAGGUAUCCACUCCACCACCUAAACCGGCGAAAACUAAGCGAAAGGCCCCAAGUUCUCCCGCUCAAGUUGUGGAGAUCAAGGUGAAGAACAUCCAAAACGAUAAAAUGUCUGUGCAGAAUAUUGAUCUGGAACCGCAGCAGGGUGAAAUCGUGGACACCGUCAAUAUCCUGGAGAGUGUGGAACCAUUUGUACCCGAAUAUGUGGAGACCGUACAGAUUGUAGAUCUCUCCGAGGACUCGGAUUCAUCGGUUAGAGUUGAUAGUCAGGGCAAUGAGGUGCGACGAUCGAAGAGCAAGCACUCCUUGCACGAGACUCCACUGCCCAAGGUUUCGGAUAACGAUGAAGAUUCGGCGGGACAAGAGGAGGACCUCCUGCGUCCCUCGGCUGAGAAUACAAGCACUCCGUUCCUGAGGGUGGAAAAACGCCGCAUUUCCUUCGAUGAGAAACGCAAGCGAGUAGCUAAUGAGCGCGAUAUCCUGCGCGAUUCCGAAGAGGAGGAACCCAAAACACCGGAUACUCCACGGGCAGCGCAAGUCUCCAAGCCAAAACGAUGGCGCCAACUGCAGCCAGAAAUGGAUGCUCUGGAACCCGAAUCACCCGGUCGCGAUAGUUUCUAUAGUCCCGACAAAGAAUCCGGUUUCGAUGCUGAGCCUCUCGUGUUUUCCGACGAUGAGGAUAUACCGCGUUUCUCGCUGGAAAUGACACCAACCAUUGACUCCGAUAGUGAUACGAGUCGCAUUGAGACGCCCUCUACCAAAAAGCCCAAUCCUUUCCUGAGCAAGGUCCUGGAAUCGAUGCCUUCUCCGGUGGAUGACUCAAAUGUAACGCUCAAAAGCCCGCUCAGCGAACAGCCCCAGAAUCUGGAUGAUCGUGUGCGGGAGUUCGACAAGCAGGCCAAGCAGAUGAUCUACAAGUUGAAGCUUACGAAGGCCAAGAUUGAACAGUGUCACGAAAGCGAAGCAGAGGACCUGCGGCUCCUAAUAGCUCCCGAUGCAGCCACCUUGAUAUCCCAGGGCGACUCCUUGGUUCUGGAAACCCAUGGAAGACAGGGCAGCAUAUCCCGCCUGGUGAUGCGCACCCAAAUAAUAUUGAGGGAACAAUUCCGAGAAGUGCAGCAAGCCAGAUCCAAGACCUCGGGAAGCGGGGCACCAGCUCCUCCACUGGACAGCGUGAACAUCGAGGAACUGGUCACCAAGGGACUGCGUCGCAUCAACGUUCUCAUAGAAAAGACCGUUGACCUAAAGUCUAGCAGUGAUCUUGAGAAGCGCAUGGAGGAUAUCAACGAGCGGCACGACGAUUUGCAGGUGAUUGUCAGCGCCAUUGGCAAGAACGCCCAGAUGCCGAAGGUCACGCCCCUCAUGAUGAACGAAAUUGAAAAGACGAAAAACAAUUUGAUAGCUCAUGCGGAUUCCAUUGAGCUCUCGUUGACGGAACUAAGAAAUGGCCCCCGAAUUUCCAAUGGCAAGGAGCGCCCAGAUGCAUCCAGUGCGUCCACCAUGAGCUGUCGUUCCGAGUACAAUAACGAGCCGAGUGGUACUGGAGCGUUGGCCGGCAGCUUCGAUAAGUCGGUGCUGCAAAUUUCCGACUGGCUGACUUGGGAACAAAACAUGAUCAAGAUACAGAGCGUGCUCGUCGACGAUGGCGAUGCAGUGCGACUGGCCAUCGAGAAGCAGGAGAAAGUCCUGCGUGAAUUGAAAAUGAAAAAGCCGCAGCUCAACGAACUGGUUCACACGGCGGAAGUGCUCAAAGGCGACGUAAAACGGCAGCAACUCCAGGAGAAAGAGCUGAAACAGUUUUCCCUAGCACCGCACUGUUCAGCGGACUUAGAUUAUAUGCGUUGCUGUCUGAAAGUGACCCGAUUGCGAGAACACUGGGAUGAGACGUCGCAAUGUGUCCUGCAGCGAGCUGCCCAACUGAAAAACAUGCUGAGCGACUCACAGCGGUUCGAGGCCAAGCGCCUGGAGCUGGAGAAGUGGCUGGCCCGCAUGGAGCAGCGGGCUGAGCGCAUGGGAACCAUUGCCACCACGGCCGACAUCCUGGAGGCCCAGCAGAAGGAGCAGAAGUCCUUCCAUGCGGAGUUGCACCAGAACAAACAACACUUCGAUAUCUUCAAUGAGCUGACCCAGAAACUGAUUGCCGUCUAUCCCAAUGAUGAUACCACCAGGAUCAAGAAGAUGACGGAGGUCAUCAAUCAACGAUAUGCUAACUUAAACAGCGGAGUCAUCAAUCGUGGCAAGCAACUGCAUGCAGCGGUGCAUAGCCUUCAAUCUUUUGAUCGAGCCAUGGAUCAGUUCCUUGCUUUUCUUUCGGAAACGGAAACACUUUGUGAAAACGCCGAGUCUGAUAUUGAACGCAAUCCAUUAAUGUUCAAGGACCUACAAUCGGAAAUUGAAACCCAUCGCGUGGUUUACGAUCGUCUCGAUGGAACAGGCCGCAAACUUUUGGGUUCGCUCACCUCACAAGAGGAUGCGGUUAUGCUGCAGCGUCGCCUCGAUGAAAUGAAUCAACGUUGGAAUAAUUUAAAAUCGAAAAGUAUUGCAAUCAGGAAUCGCCUGGAGUCCAAUUCGGAGCACUGGAACGCCCUGCUCUUGUCGCUCCGCGAACUGACCGAGUGGGUUAUCCGCAAGGACACCGAACUGAGCACUUUGGGCUUGGGUCCCGUUCGAGGCGAUGCCGCCAGUCUACAGAAACAGUUGGACGAUCAUAAAGCCUUUCGCCGCCAAUUGGAGGAUAAGCGGCCAAUUGUCGAGAGCAAUUUAACGAGCGGUCGUCAGUACAUCGCCAACGAAGCAGCCGUCUCGGAUACCAGCGAUACGGAGGCCAACCAUGACUCCGACUCGCGUUACAUGUCCGCCGAGGAGCAGAGCCGUGAGCUAACACGCAGCAUCCGGCGAGAGGUGGGAAAACUUUCCGAGCAGUGGAACAAUCUAAUCGAUAGAUCUGACAAUUGGAAGCAUCGCCUGGAUGAGUACAUGACGCCGCAAUCCGUAUCGGUUGUAUCGGAAAUUCUAAUUUCCAACACGCUCAAAAAAAUGCGUCAGUUCCAGAAGAUCCUGGAGGAUCUCAGCUCCCGCGUUGCCCUUGCCGAGCAGACAAAAACCUCCUGGCUGCCACCCUCAUCUGUGGGCGAGGCCAAUGAGCAGAUGCAACAGUUGCAGCGCCUGAGGGACAAGAUGACGACGGCCAGUGCGCUCCUGGAUGAUUGCAACGAGCAGCAGUCCUUCUUCACCGCCAAUCAGGUCCUGGUGCCCACACCCUGCCUCUCCAAGCUGGAGGACUUGAAUACGCGCAUGAAACUCCUGCAAAUCGCGAUGGACGAGCGCCAGAAGGUCCUUUGCCAGGCUGGAGCCCAGCAGACGCACGAGAACGGCGACGACGGACGCACCACAUCGAACAGCGGCACCAUUGGACCACUGCCCAAUCUCGGCCAGAGCGUGAAGCCGCCAUGGGAGCGGGCCACCACAGCCGCCAAUGUGCCUUACUAUAUCGACCACGAACGCGAGACCACGCACUGGGACCAUCCGGAGAUGAUUGAGCUGAUGAAGGGCUUGGCAGAUCUCAACGAGAUACGCUUUUCCGCCUACAGAACGGCCAUGAAACUGCGAUCUGUUCAGAAGCGAUUGGCUCUCGACAGGAUUAGCAUGUCCACCGCCUGCGAGUCCUUCGAUCGACAUGGCCUGCGUGCCCAAAACGACAAGCUGAUCGACAUACCCGACAUGACCACGGUGCUGCAUUCGCUCUACGUGACAAUCGAUAAAAUUGAUUUGACGCUAAUGCUGGACCUGGCCAUCAACUGGAUCCUGAAUGUCUACGACUCACAGAGGACCGGCCAAAUCCGCGUCCUCAGCUUCAAGGUCGGACUGGUCCUCCUCUGCAGGGGUCACCUGGAGGAGAAGUAUCGCUAUCUGUUCCGCCUGGUUGCAGACACUGACCGACGUGCGGAUCAGAGGCGACUGGGACUCCUGCUGCACGAUUGCAUUCAGGUACCCCGCCAACUAGGUGAAGUAGCCGCUUUCGGUGGCUCCAACAUUGAGCCCUCGGUGAGAUCUUGCCUGGAGCAGGCUGGCAUCUCGCAGGAGGCCAUCGAUGGCAACCAGGACAUCUCCAUCGAGCUGCAGCACUUCCUCGGCUGGCUGCAGCACGAACCGCAGAGCCUCGUGUGGCUUCCGGUGCUCCAUCGCCUGGCGGCUGCGGAGGCGGCCAAGCACCAGGCCAAGUGCAACAUCUGCAAGGAGUACCCGAUCGUGGGCUUCCGCUACAGAUGCCUCAAGUGCUUCAACUUCGACAUGUGCCAAAAGUGUUUCUUCUUCGGCCGCAACGCCAAGAACCACAAGCUCACGCAUCCCAUGCACGAGUACUGCACCACUACCACAUCCACCGAGGACGUUCGUGACUUUACACGCGCCCUGAAGAACAAAUUCAAGAGUCGCAAAUACUUCAAGAAGCAUCCAAGAGUGGGAUACCUGCCCGUUCAGAGUGUUUUGGAGGGUGAUGCACUGGAGAGUCCGGCGCCCAGUCCGCAGCACACAACUCACCAGCUGCAGAACGACAUGCACUCCCGCCUGGAGAUGUACGCCUCACGACUGGCUCAGGUGGAGUAUGGCGGAACAGGCUCAAAUUCCACACCGGACAGUGAUGACGAGCACCAACUGAUCGCUCAGUAUUGCCAGGCUCUGCCCGGAACUUCGAAUGGAAGUGCACCCAAGUCGCCUGUCCAAGUAAUGGCCGCCAUGGAUGCCGAGCAGCGGGAAGAACUGGAGGCGAUCAUCCGCGAUCUGGAGGAGGAGAACGCCAACCUGCAGGCGGAGUACCAGCAAUUGUGCAGCAAGGAGCAGAGCGGCUUGCCCGAGGACUCCAAUGGCAUGCAACACUCCAGUUCUAGCAUGACUGGUCUUUCUGGCCAGGGCGAGCAGGGCCAGGACAUGAUGGCGGAAGCGAAGCUGCUGCGCCAGCACAAGGGACGCCUCGAGGCGCGUAUGCAAAUCCUGGAGGAUCACAAUCGACAACUGGAAGCGCAGUUGCAGCGACUACGCCAACUUCUCGAUGAGCCCAAUGGCGGCGGCAGUAGCGCCACCAGCAGCGGUCUGCCCAGCGCUCCCGGCUCCGCGUUGAACUCCAAACCCAACACUCUCCAGACCCGGUCGGUGACCGCCUCGCAAUUGAACACGGACUCACCGGCAAAGAUGAACCAACAGAAUGGCCACUACGAGCACAACUCAAAGAACUCAAGCGGCCUGGUGACCGUAAUCACAGAGCAGGAAUUGGAGUGCAUCAACGAUGAUCUGGAGGACUCGUCGAGCAGCAACACUACGAACACCACGACGACGACGACGACCACGGCAACCACGGAGAAGACCUGCGUGGAGCUGCAGAAAUAACACCUUCGAUACUUAAUUGCAUGGCAUUCAACUAUGAAACAAAACAAUGAAACAGUAUAAGAAUCCAAAAGAAUUAAAUGCAUGGGAGGAAAUCCAAUUGGCUGGCCUGCAAAACAUUCUAAAUAAUCAUACCUAAACACCUAAAGAUAGAUCCAUAUAACUAUUGUGGUACAUAUAUUUAUACAUUAUUGCGAAGAAUCAGAUGGAAAAGAAUUUCAAGAAGAGCUUCGAGUAAGCUGAGAACACUUUUUAGUAGUUAUGAAAGAUACAAAUCUAUAUAUAUUAUAUACAAAUAUCGAAGCAUAAGUAAGUGAGACAUAUUGAAAGCUGGAAAUAAUGCAGAAAUGAUUUAAAGAUUAGAUAAGCUGUAACUCCCACACAUACUUACAUCCUAUGAUAUAAUGAAAAAAGAAACAACUAUAUCAUAAAUGAAACAUAAUCAUAAUUUGCUAGUACAUGAAAAAUUGUUAUAACUCUCACUUUUUUCAAAAAACUGAUAGGAAGCAAAUCAAUUUCAAAGAUACAAGAAAAACCAGCUAACAGUUUUUGGUUAGCUUUCAUAUCAUUUUAAAGCUUAUACAAUAAGUGUUUUAAAUGUAAAUUUCGAAACAUGCAAUCAGUUUUAAUUUGUAUCCUUAUUUAUUCCGAUUUCUUGUGUAUUAUUUCUUAAUAUUAUUUAAUAUUAAUAUCUGUGCUAACUGAAAGUGUGCUGCAAUGUUUUUAAUUAAAGAACUAUUAUUAAAUAUCACCGUCUUUAUACUUUUAUUUUGUUUUCGGUUGGUAGACAACAAGACCUUCAUAAACCUAAUCAUAUGCUGACGAAUACGAUCACUAAAUGGACCACCUUUUCUAUCUACUUAAUCAAAUCGAAUCGAAUCUUAUCCACUACCAGAACCCUCAAAUAUAUUAGGUAAUCCACAACAUUCCAAUGAAACUAGUCAAAUUACACUUGGAUAACUCAGAUAUACUUACGAAUCAAAUGAUAUUGAAAACUGCUUUAAAAUACCUAAAUACCACAAAGAACUAAUCGAAUCGAUACAUAUAGAUGUCUAUAACUUGAUACCCAAUAUCGUACAAUACUCACAUCAACAUAAGCAAAAUAUAUAUCCGAAAGAGAGUAAAGUUUUAACCUAGAUAUGCCACAGAUCGAUAAAUAUUUAUAGAUAUAUCAGAUAUUAGCUAUAUAUUGACAUGAAAGUCUUUAGUUUAUUUCCUCUGAAAUUCCACCUUUAGUUAACGAAAUUAUACAAAAAUUAGAAACGAAAAUAAGGACAAUAUGGAAACAUUUUUAGAAACUGCUAUUAUUUGUGUUUCUCAUCUAUCAGUUUAAAUUAUCUAAGCUAGGUUCACUUUUCACUAGAAUUUUCGGGCACUUAGUAAAUAAUGCAACACGACUAUACUAUAUAUAGAAAGAAUUAUAUAAAGAGAUAUAGCUAUCAACAAAAUGCAGUUAGCAAAUUAUUCAACCACUUCUGUGUAGUAAAAUGUCCCAACUAUGAGUAUUUUUCUAACCCAAACCGAAACCGAAACGUAGUGUGGAAAAGAUGUCCUACCAAUAACCAAUCAAGUUUAAUAAAAGAAAACCCUCCGUUUCAAGUUAUAAACAAAUGAACCAAAAUCGAAACAAAAAUGCUUAAGUCAACUAUCUAAUCAUUAGUGAAACAUAUCCCAUUCAACGGCGAAUAUAUAAACUUUAUAUGGGUAAAGCCAUCUCUAGGAGUACGUAGUCGAGGACGAAUUUAAAAGCAUCAAGUCUAGUAACUGAGAUCUGAGUUGAGAAUAGCCAAAGCUGCCAUUUGUUUGUCCACAAUUUUAUACUGACAACUGAGAUCAAGCAACGCAAUUCAAGCAUAUCCCGAAAUAGUCUUCAUCAUCCAGUGGUUGUCUACAAUAGAUUUUUACCUAACGCGUGAACCGAUGAGGAAAUCGGACGGAGAAGUCCGAGACGAAGCCAAACAAUCAACGAAGAAAUUAUGAAUUAAAUAUUAUACAAUUGUCAAGGAAUACUGUGAGCUAUAUUAGCCGCUUAUUUAUAUUAGCGGUAUGUACACCGUAUAUUAGUCUCUUAUUCUAAGCAGAUUACUUAGCGAAAUUGUGUCCAACUGUAAAGGCCUCUAGAGCACAGCACUUUUGUAUGGUAUAUCAGCCUAAAGACCCUUAGUUUAAAUAAUCGUACACAUCAAAUCAAUCAGACGGAUAAUGAUAGACACAAAGCCCCGAGCUUGGCAACUAAUCGUUUUUGUUGGAAUAGAAGCUUCGAAAUUAAUUUAGUGGUAGCAGGCAUGACUCAAUUGUACCUAUCUUUUGAUACCGUUUAUUACAAAACUAAGGACUAUAAUCGUAUUUAAAUUGUAUACCUAAUCGAGUG